AUGAGUGGUGCGUUUAAAAACUGUCAAACUGUGUUAGUAACCGGGGCUAACAGGGGCCUUGGUUUGCAAAUAGUGAAAAGUUUGGCCUCAGGUGACUUCUCGCCAGGGAAGAUCAUCGCCACAGCUCGGAACCCGGAUGCUGCCGAGGAGCUACGACAUCUGGCAGAAAAACACCCAAACAUACACGUUAUCAAACUUGAUGUCGUCAGUCAGGCGAGUAUAGACCAUGCUGCAGCAGAGGUGGGGAAGCUGGUGCAGGAGGAAGGCCUGAACUGUCUUAUCAACAAUGCCGGCAUUAAUGUCGUGGCAAACUUUGAAACCGUAACAGCUGAGAAAAUGCUGGAAAACUUCCAUGCCAACUCUGUGGCUCCUCUGAUGAUCACCAAGGCUAUGCUUCCACUACUGAAGCAGGCAGCUGCGAAGGGGAGAGGUAUGGGCAUUCACAGGGCAGCAGUCAUCAAUAUGACAUCUCUCCUUGGUUCAGUUGAGCUCAACUGGGGUGAACGUGCCAACAAUUUCAAAUGGUACCCCUAUAGAACAUCGAAGAGUGCCCUGAACAUGGUGACCAGAUGCAUGGCCGUGGAUCUGGAGGCUGAUGGCAUCCUGUGUAUGGCUAUACACCCUGGUUGGGUGCGCACCGACAUGGGAGGACCUAAUGCCCCACUGAGUACAGAUGAGAGCAUCUCCUCUGUCCUGUCUGUCAUUGGAGGAUUGACUGAAAAGGAUCAUGGGUCAUUUCUUCAUUAUACUGGGGAACCACUUCCGUGGUGA